UGCAGUCUGAUAUUUCAAAUUCAGAUUAUUUGAUUUAACAGAAUUUAUAUUGAAUUAUUUAAGUUCUAUAUCAGUGGGUUGCAAAGACAUCUAGGGAUAAGAAAGUCAGAGUCUGUUGUUUCAAUUCCUAUCAUUGUACAUUCGUCAUUUUCAAGGCACUCAUUAUUAGAGUUUCUUCAAGAAAAUUAAGUAGACAAAUUUAAACUUUUUAAUACAACCUGAGACGCAGUUAUGAUUAUCUUUUAUUCUGUAAAUGAAAAAUUUUACGUUAAAAAAUAUCAAUUUUGCGAUUUAUUCAAAAUAUAGCUUUAUAGAACAUUGUAGAAAAAUGGUAUGCAGCUUAUUUGAACUAAAGAUUUUAAGAAAGUCUAUGAUGGCGUAUCUUGUCUAAUUUAUCAAAAUGAUACUCUAUCUAAUCCUCCUUCUACAUGAACCUUUAGAAUACGUCCAAGCUGAAAGUGUAAACUACAGCAAUCAUCAGUUCUUCAAUGUAUUCUGUGAUCUUCAAAACUCUAGACUGUUCUCAGCAGAUAAUGAUUGUGUUAUUCUUAAAGAAUAUAAAUUAUAUUCAAAACUUCUCUGUGAUGAAAAAAUCAACACAAAACAGGCUGGUGAUUGUAACGUAAGAAGAGAGGAGAAUAAGAUUGGAAGCAAGGAGGAAGAUGAAAGAAGAAGAAGAAGAGAAGUGAAAAGAGAAUCAAUGAAUCCAGGAUUCUUGGAUUUCAGUAAUCGUCUCUUUCCUGGAGAAUAUCACAGAUAUGCUGAAAUAGAGAAAUACUUGAAAAAAAUGGCGGCAAAGUUUCCACAAUUUUUCAGUUUAGAAGAUUUAGAAAGAACCCACGAGAAUAGAUCAAUUUAUUUAGUCAAAAUUGGAACUUCGAGAUUAGGUUCAGAAACUCCGACUGCUCUGGUGGAUGGAGGGAUGCAUGCCAGAGAAUGGAUUACACCAGCUACAGCUCUACAGCUGAUAUUCAAUCUUAUCAGCGUAUUUAAAGCUGAUAAAGAUAGUUGUAUGGAUCCACUACAGAGUAUGGAUUGGUAUAUAAUCCCUUUAUUAAAUCCUGAUGGGUAUGAAUACUCCCAUACCUCUGACAGAUACUGGAGAAAGAAUAUGCGCCCUGCUCCGUUAGGUUCGGAUUGUCCUGGAGUAGAUAUCAAUCGAAACUUCCCGCUUGGAUACGGACUUGGAGCUGAUUCUAAUCCGUGCUCGGAGGUGUACAUGGGAACUGAGGCUUUAUCUGAACCUGAAUCAAAAUCCUUGUUUAAUAUUGUGCACAGGUUGAAUAAAACUCUUGUUUUCUACACAUCUUUGCACGCUUUUGGGCAGUCUUGGCUUAUGCCUUACGGAUAUAUUGCUGAUAGGAUUCCUGAGUAUGAGAGGUUUGAAUGGUUAGCUAAACAAUCUUUUAAACAGAUGGAUUGCAGAUUCGGGGAACAGGUUCCUAGCAGAGAAUGGGAGGUGGGCGGCGCUGCUGAGAUUUAUUAUAUAGCUGGAGGAGCCAGUGAUGACUGGGUAUACAACAUAACAGGAGCGGUUUCCUACACCAUAGAGCUGCCAGAUGACGGACGUUCAUAUGCAUUCGAACUUCCAGCCUCCAGCGUCGAGGAAGUGUCCACUGAUAUUUGGAAUGCGCUCAGACACCUGGCCUUGAAUAUUCUGUCUGGAAAAUAAAAGUUCAGUUUUCUUCACCUUGAAACUGAACCAAACACUACAGACGGAACCAAGGAUCCAUGGGACAGAAAUAACGCAGUGAGAAAAAAAGUCAUAUUUGCAUUCGAAACUACUGGCACGAAUUUGUGGCCUCGUAGCUCCUCUAGCUUUGAUUCUCGUCCAAAUAUAAGAAAAUUAUUAAAAAUUCAAAAUUUUGUUU